AUGACCUUCGAGGGAUGCUUGUUCCAGUGCAACAAGUUGACUGUCUACCCCGAGAUUACCCUGAGCAUCAAUCCAGGCAAGUGCCAACUUUACUUUAGCUUCCUGGACCUGAGCGAUUCGUCAACAAUUAUUGUUGACUCGGCUGAGUUCUGGAUUGGAGACACCAACGGCAACAUCACGAUGGGACCAAACAUUGUGAUCCAUGGAAAUACCUCCAUCUCACUCUACGGAGGUGUUACCGUGCUCAACCCCAAGCUUGACCAACGCAGGUGGUGA